UCAUCAAACCACACUUUUCUAAAUUCAACUUUCUAUCACCCACUUACCUUCAUUAAGCAUGCAUCGGAAUUCAUCAACCUUGUUUCGUUUUGAUAUCGGGUAACAGUCCGCAUCCCGGCUGUUGUGAGUAAGGAAGGUUCAUCUCCACGACCCGAUAUUGAUUAUUCAUUAUGGCGUCAAAGUUGAAGAAGUUACGGGCCGCCGCGGGCGUCAAUGAGACUGGUGAGGCGGAGCAAUUGCUUCCCGGUCUGGCCAAGCGCCCCGGCGUCGGGAACUACAAAACCGCAGGAGGGGGCCACAAUUCCAAGAUCAUGAAAGUCAUGGCGGACAUCGAAAAGGAUCUCAUAGAGUACUUCUAUCUGUUGUUCCACACCUUUUUUCUCCCGCACCCGUGUCCUGAUUGGCUACAAAGAUUCUUGCUCUCAGGCCAACGAGAAUGAUCAAUGUGGGUUCGCCUUAGAUAGGACUAUAGAAAGACAGAGAACAACAGAGGAAUCGCUGCGGCAUUGCUUGACAGACAUUAUUCCUCCCUAAAUGCAGCCCGUAUUAGAAAUGUCGUGUGAUCAUAGAUUCAUUCGCAUACGUCCACUGCAUCAAAAGUAAAGACAUUUUCUCCUAAAACUCUACUACAGGUACCUGGAAGACUUGGAUACCAUUGCGGCGAACAUUGACACGCUGGCGCACGACGUGCGCAGGGUGGCCACGACGAAGGAGGAAGGGCAGAAGGUGAAGGAGAUGCAGAUGCAAUUGGACCAGUCGAAGCAGUACAAUGCGAAGGUGAAAUCCUGCCUGGAGGAUCUGGAAAACCUCGCGCACGGCAAAAAGUCCCACACGCUGAGCUCCGCCGAGAAGGACUACUGUAACACCAUCCUGGAGACCAUGUCGAAGAAGUUCAAGGACUGCGUGAAAAAGUCCCUCGCCGCGCAGAGCAAUUUCGAGACGGCGACCCGGAGCCGGCUGCAGAAGGGGCUGCAGAUGAUGUUCCCCGACGCGAGCAAAGAGGAGGUGUCCGAGCUCAUUUCUGGCGACCCGAAGCAGAUCCAGGGCCUGUUGCAGAAGCAGUACACCAAGGCGGGGAGCCAGGGCGACCGCCAGCUCCACGAUCAGUUGUCCACCAUGCAGGACAACCACGACGCAAUGUUGGAGUUGGAACAGUCCGUGCUGGAGUUAAACGAGCUGUUCUUCUACCUCUCCGCACUCGUAGAGAAGCAGGCCCGGACGUUGGAAAGCAUCGAAGCGUAAUUUUUUACUAUCAUAUGCUCGGAUUUGGUUUUCGUGUUUCUCUCUUUGAUGAGCAUUUUUUGGGGGUAGUGCUCUUGCUGCAUAUAACGACUCGUCCUAUUGAGAAGCUUUGCUUUUUUGCUAGCGAGUUUUGUUGCGCUUCAAUGCAGCUGCUAUCUUGUCCAAAAUAGAAAUUGAUUUUUGUUUCAUGUACCACGAUGAUUACCACCUGUAUGAACAGAGAACAACAAAUGGAUAAAUAAAUCGGAGCAACAAAAAUAUAACAGGCACGUGGACAAAACGGACGAAUACAUUGGGGAGGGGGUCGAGUCCCUGGAGCGCGCGGAAACCUUGCAGCGCAGCUACGAGUCGAAGCGGCAAUGUUUGAAAGCGGUGCUCUGUUGGGGCGGUAUCGUCGGGAUCAUCGUGCUCUGCGUCAUCUUGUUCUUCUGUGUUAUCAAGCCGGCCUGCCUAGAAGGGGGUGGCGGGAGUUUCCUGCAGUUGGGGGGUGGCGGGAGUUUCCUGCAACGGUCGGAUAGUAACCAGGGGAGUCUGCUUUUUUCCAAUCCGAAGAAACUCCGUUUUCCCCAGCCUCGACAGUGAGCGCGGGAGAUGCCGCGCAGGUGCAUUUUUGGGGAAAUGGUACUGCGAAUUCUACAUCUUGCUCUUCGAUUGAUCGCCAUUGAAGCUUGUUUGAUACGUUUUCCAUCAUGCGUUAUUUUUCCCGUGUACAAUUUUUACUUUUUUUGAUCAUAACAUUUUACACUUCAUCAUACAUACGUUUUAC